AUGGUCUACCGUCCGCCCACUUCCCCUGCUCCCUACAGGAUUGGUAUCCUCCUCGGCUCAAACCGCCACCUCUCCAACACCCAGGGCUUCUCAGUCUACCUCACAAACCUCAUUGCCGCCCACUUUCCCUUCCUCCACCCUGAGGUCAUCCACCUCGAAAAUUCCCCAGGCCACCCCCUGCCCUACGUCCUCUCUGACGAGCCCCCCGCGAGACACUCGAGGGAGAGCCUGCCGGGUGCCUACGACAAUGAGCGUGUGCGCCAAUGGAGUACGACCGUGCUAGCCUGGGACGGUCUCAUUAUCCUCUCCCCGCAGUACAACAGCUCCUACCCCGCCCCUCUCAAGAAUGCUCUAGACCACCUCUACCACGAAUGGUCGAAUCUGCCUUGCGCCAUCAUGUCGCUCGGCGGGGGCGGCGGAGGCAGGUUGAGGAGAGAUUUGAAGGUGAUGUGUGGAGGGUCCUUCGACAUGAAGGUGGUGGAGGAAGGGGUAGAGGUGGCCAUCCCCGGCGACCUCAUUGUGGGUAAGAAGAGGAUAGAGGGGGACGAGGAGUUCUUGAAGAGAUAUGAUGAAGGAGCGAUAGCGGCGGUCGAGGCGCUGGUGGGGGUUAUCCGUAGACGCAAGGGAGUGGAAGAAGGGGAUGUCAUUGCGGCGCAGAUGUCUGCUUGA